CUUCAGUUACUUUUUAGUGGCAAUGAGAGGUUACUAACACUGUGCUACUGUCUUGUUUUCACAAAAAAAAAAAAAAAAUCAAGUGGAAGUUGGUUACUUUAUUGGUUGGAGCUCCCUUGACUAGAUACCUGUUGCUGUUAUGAAAUCUUCUGUCCCCUUACGUCAGAGAGCCAUGGUGCCCUGUGCCCACUUUGUGUUCCUGCUGCAGCUGUCAGGAUUUAUUACUGCUACUGGUGUGGGGAUGUUGGCAGUAUGUAACACACGCUUUAGAGCUUUUCUAUCAGGGACUGCCUGGCAGCUAACUGGGAAGGAAACUACCUGGCAAAUAGGUUAAUGGCUGCUGGCACUACAGUGAUAAGGUGAAACCUGGAUGCCUUUUGUAGGGUAAAGUCAACAGAAUAUCGUGUGACCUCCCUAACAAGACAGGGUUGUUCUCUACUGUUCACUUUCAUCCCGUGAUUUGAGAGGUAGGCAGGCUUCUGUUUUUCUGUCCCAUGUCUUGUGGCAUAUUAUGGAUUUGACGACAUCACAACAUAAUCUACAUAAUGAAAUAAUAAGAAAAAUAGAAAGACAAGCAGGGGAAAAAGAAGAUGAACAGAUAGUUGCAGAAAUCAUGAGAAGACGUUUUUUUCCUACUGUUAUAACUCAUAAGGCCUGGGAAGGCUUUUACUUUGCUGGCCAUGAGAUAAGGAUUACAGAAGCCACUGACUGUUACGGGGCAGUUGUCUGGCCAUCGGCUCUUGUUCUGUGUUAUUUUUUGGAAACCAAUUCUAAACAAUACAAUUUGGUUGACAAAAAUGUGAUUGAAAUUGGAGCUGGAACUGGGUUGGUCUCCGUAGUAGCCAGUUUAUUGGGUGCACUUGUGACUGCCACUGAUUUGCCAGAACUGCUGGGAAACCUUCAGCACAAUGUUCUCCAAAAUACAAAACUGAAAAGCAAGCACCGGCCUUGUGUGAAGGAGUUGUCUUGGGGCAUUGAUCUGGAAAAGAACUUUCCCAGAGCUUCGUGUCACUUUGACUACAUUAUGGCUGCUGAUGUAGUUUACCAUCAUCCCUUCCUGGAUGAGCUCCUGCUAACUUUUGAUCACUUGUGCAAGGAUGACACUGUUAUUCUGUGGGCUAUGAAAUUUAGGUUGGACAAGGAGAACCAAUUUGUGGGCAGAUUUCAGACACUAUUUGACUUAGAGGUGCUUUCUAAUUUCCCUAGUUUGAACAUCACGUUGUAUAAGGCAAUGAGGAAAGGCAGGAUGAAAGUCAGACCUUCCAAACUGUCAAUCUGAAAAAGAGUUACAUGGGGGCAACAGUCUCAGCUCUUCUGUAGCUUGUUCUCUUUUCAAUAAUUUCCAUGUUAGCAGCUGCCAGUACCUGCAUGAAUGAUAUUUUUAGAGAAAGUUAAAAUAUCAGAUUUCAUCCCUAAAGAAUUGCUAAAUUCAUCUUGUUAGUUUUAUACACAGAAGAAAUGUAUUUCUGAUGCUUUCUUGACUUUUAUGUGCUAAAUUGUCAGCAGUAAUAACUGCCACAAGUCUCACUAUUAUAUCCGUGGGAUGUGUAAUGAAUAUUUCCAAUGUCUUUCAAUUGCAGCUUUGAACGGUGUCUUACAAGAUCAACCAAUCAUUUGAAGAUUUACCACAGUCUCAAGUUUUGUAUUUAAAAGUUGUGGUGUUAAAUCUCAUCUUUCCUCAUUCCCACUACAGUGUGUAAAUCCUUCCUUUAAAGAGCCUUUACAGGACAUUAAGUUAACUAAAAGGAAAAAUGGGAGAAAUACUGUCAUAAUAAAAUGAGAGAAUAUAUUGGUUACUCUGA